AACACAAUCAUUGUUUUUUCCUUUAGAAUUUAAGUUGAAAGUAAGAAGUAGAUCAUCAAGUUGAAGAUGAGUUAAAAACUGAAGAAUAUACCAUCAAGUUGGUGAGCAAUUGAUUAAUCUAUUUGGAAUAUGAUUUGAAAAGUGAAGAAUAUAUCAUCAAGUUGAAUAUGAGUUUUAAAAAGUGAAGAAUAUAUCAUCAAGUUGCGAGCAGAAAUGUCCGGUAUACCAUGGGAAAGCGAGGAAAGACAAAACUUCAUUCGAGCAGACUACAUUGUCAGUGACGUUGUGAGGAAGGAAUUAAGAAGUUUCUUUAUUCAGGAAUGGAACAAGGCUUCUCUCGGAGCAUGGGAUGACACAAACGUAAGUGGUAGCAAGUUCUUUAAUCUGGAGGCAUCACGAGCAAGACCAAAUAAGUCAAUGCUUCAAUCCAAAUUUAAUCAUGGAAAUUCAAAUGAUUGGGAUUGUACUGUACUUUUUGAUGCAAUUCUUUAUUCCAACUCGAUUGGUGCAAACCUUAUUCCAACGCAAAAAACUGAAAUCGAUAAUCUGAGAAAACUGCGAAAUGAAAUAACUCAUAAACCUGAAAAAACGCUGGAUGAUGCCGACUUUCAAACCAAGACAACAGACGUUAUAAAUGCAUUGAAUGCAUUAGGACUGUCAAGCAGCGAAGUCGUUCGAAUUAAAAAUCUCUAUAAAUCCUUCCAAAUUCUACCUCCCAAGCCAUCUCAUGAAGUCGUGUCUCGUUCUGACAAGAUACACGAGAUAAGAGAAGAUCUUGAAAAGUUGCGCAGCGAUAACGAUGGCAAACUUACAUAUUUUUACAUCUCUGGGAAUCCUGGAAGUGGAAAAUCUCAACUCGCCAGACAAGUUUGUGAAGAUAUUUGCGAAGAUGUUCAUGCGAAGGACGAAGCAAUGUUUGCAAUGACAUUAAACGGAAAAGAUUUAGAUUCUCUUUUAUAUUCCUAUGAAGUUUUUUGUCGUAAGCUAAAUUGCAACGAAAGCGUAUUAAAAGAUCUUUUGAGCUCUUCUAAACCAAAAGAUGGGAAAAUCAAAGAUUUGAGAUUGCAAAUAUCCAACAGAAUCAAGCAUUGGAAGAAGUGGUGGAUUAUCGUCGACAAUGUGGAAAAUCUCGAGCUCAUUUUCCCACUAUUGCCUCUGAUGGGCGACGAUGUUUGGAAUAACGGUCAAAUCAUAGUGACGACACAAAACACAAAUGCAGUUCCUUCCGACAGCUUGUCAAGUAAACAUAUUUCACUUAGUCUCGGUAUGAAUAACAAAAAAAGUCGCGAGCUUCUUGCCCUGUUGUCAAAAACUGAAGUCAAUGAUUCAUUAUUAGAUGAGGUGGCAGAGAAGUUAGAUCAUCAACCACUGGCAAUGGCUUCGGCAGCCGUGUAUAUGAGACAAGCCAACGAGUGUCAUCAAGACUUUUCGUGGCCAGAUUAUUUAGAAAAGCUUAAGAAAGGGAAAAGGGAAUUAACAGAAGAGCGUCUCAAGCAGACAAAUUCAGCAGCAUAUUCAUCCACCAUGAGUGCAGCUGUGCUUUUAGCUGUUACAAAAUGUGCGGAAAAAAACAAAAUUCUUGAAGACGCGUUCAACCUUUUCUCUUUGAUAUCGUUUGAACCACUGCCACUUGAUCUUGUUGUGAAAUACGUUCAGCAGAAAGAAGAGUUGGAUGCCGAGGAUAUUAUACUUACAAUAACACACUGCUCGUUGUUUGUUCAUGUUGGGAAUAAAGACGGUGAUAUACGCCUGCAUCGUGUUGUCCACGAGGUGAUCAAAUUGAUUUUUCCUUUAAAAGAACAUAUUAACUACGACAUUUCACCCGAAAAUGAAAUUUCAAAUAAAAGUGGAACUAUAAAAAGAGUAAUUCACAGCGUUGUGAAAACAAUGUAUUCCUUCAAGAAUAGGAAAGAUAUAAUUAAAAUGAUUCCACAUUUGAAAGUAUUUCACACAGAAAUUAACAGAUUGUUUCCGAAUCAAGCGUUAUCUUUAUUGAGCACAGGCUUUGAUAAAACUGAAAUGAUUGGAGUGUAUAGGUUUUUUGGGAAAAAACUUUUUUAUUUUUCUGAGUUCAAAAUGUCGAUGGAUUUUUUUCAACAGGAACUGAAAAAUAAAUUAGAACUAUUAGGCGAAAAUCAUGUUCUUACAGCUUGUGCUUACGAAAACCUGGGUUGUGUGUGUCACAAUAAAGGUGAUUUCGAACAGGCCAAUGACUACCAUCAGCGGGCCCUGAAGAUUCGAUUAGAACAAUUAGGGGAGAACCAUAUUGACUUAGCUGCGUCUUACAACAACCUGGGUAAUGUGUGUUCUGAUAAAGGUGAUUUGGAACAGGCCAAUGAUUAUCAUCAGCGGGCGCUGAAGAUUCAAUUAGAACAAUUAGGAGAGAACAAUAUUGACGUGGCUAAUUCUUACAACAACCUGGGUAAUAUGUGUUCUGAUAAAGGUGACCUGGAACAGGCCAGUGAUUAUCAUCAGCGGGCGCUGAAGAUUAAAUUAGAACAAUUAGGAAAGAACCAUAUUUACAUAGCUAAUUCUUACAACAACCUGGGUAAUGUGUUUUAUCGUAAAGGUGAUCUGGAACAGGCUAGUGAUUAUUAUCAGCGGGCACUGAAGAUUCAAUUAGAACAAUUAGGAGAGAAGCAUAUUGACGUAGCUAAAUCUUACAACAACCUGGGUGUUGUGCGUUCUGAUAAAGGUGAUCUGGAACAGGCCAGUGAUUAUCAUCAGCGGGCGCUGAAGAUUCAAUUAGAACAAUUAGGAGAGAACCAUAUUGACGUAGCUGGCUUAGCUACGUCAGCUGCCAGCUGGGCGCUGUGUGUUUUAAUCAAGGCGAUCUAGAGAAAGCUGAAGAAUAUCAUCAUUGGGCUAUGGACAUUAUAUUGCAACGAUUUGGUCGGACUUUAAUGCAAGAAUUUAUACAAAUUUUUGUAAAUUCACUUGAAAUACCUCUGGAUUAAGAAUAUAAAGAUUUCGGAAUCUGCAAUAAUUUAAAAUUCAAUGGAAUUA